CACACAUACUUUUGUGUUCAAAGUCAUCUGUCAAAAAUGUAAUUCUGAAUUGUGUCUGGUCUCACAUCAUCAAUAUUUAGCAGAGCAUUACAGUGUGUGAUUACAUUACUGCUUUACACGAAACUAUAUUAAAAAUACAUUUAUUUAAAGCUUUAGUCUUAGUGUUAUAGAAACUUUCUUCAAAUGAUCAUAAAUAAAUAAAUUAUUAUUAUUAAUAGGCUGUGAUAUAAAUCUUGAAAAUGAUUGAGCUAUCAGCAAAGUUAACAACUGGCACAGUUUACUUAGCUGGAGAGGCUUUAGAAUGCUGCAUAUCCUUUUGUUAUACUGCUCAACCAGAACACAGGAACUCACAAAGUCACUGUGAUGCCUUAGAAAACUUAGCAUGGGCCUCAGCACAGAUCCAUUGUUUCUACUCCACAUCAAAGAACACUGGUGAUAAGACUCCAACAAUUGGGAAGACAACCUCUUUAGAAGUGACCUCCUGUGAUAUUGGAGAUGUUGUGUUUCAUACUAAACCUAAAAUACUCUUCUGUGAUUUGACUAUUCCUUUAGGGGAGACUAAAACAUUCUGGUAUAGAGAAUCAUUACCAAUAGAAGCACCACCAUCAUACAGGGGUACAUCCGUCAAAUACUCCUAUAAAAUCACGAUAGCCACCCAGAAAGUUGGCUCCCACAUCAAAAUGGUCAGGAUUCCAUUCCGAGUGCUACCCAUCAGUCCAAUCAUGAAUGUUCAGGAUUUAGCAGCUUUAUGCGGCAAUGAGACUACAGAAGAACUUCAGCCAACUAACCCAUUUUCUGAAGAAAGGAAGGUUGAAACACCUUUGACAAUGGCAUUACAGGUUUUACAGAAUCUCACGGCUAGAAGAAGUCCCAACUCAUACAUGAUAACGAACACUAGAGGGAAGGUGGGCCGCUUCUGCCUGUUCAAGUCGGCGUACAAGUUGGGCGAAGACAUCGUCGGCACGUUUGACUUCUCUGUCGGCACUGUUACUUGUAUGCAGGUGUCAGUGUCACUACAACCCGAGGAAGUAAUAAAAUCCAAGUCUCCAGCUAAGAACGUUAACAAGGAUACGAGCAGCAGAUCCAUGACGGUAGCGAGAUACCAUGAGGUGACGCUAGGACUGACGCAGUCACAGCUGAUCCUGCCGAUACCUCUGCAUAUCACACCGGCUUUUGAAGUUGAUGAUGUAUCACUAAGUUGGCGUCUACACUUCGAAUUUGUGACUACAAAUGAGAAACUGCUACCAAAUCCAGAGGAUAAGGAUUGGACGGCGCCUCUUAACGUGCCUAUAGAGACCAUGGUGUGGAACUUACCUGUCAAGAUAUACUCAACACUGCCCAAGCAGAUCACACAGCAUUCUAUUGUAAAUGAUGCUUAUACCAUGUAUAUAAAAUGAUAAUUUAUGUAAAGAUGAGGGUUAAAGGAUUUCAAUGAGGUUUUAGAAAAAGUUUUGUAUGAGGAAGGAAUGUAAAGGAUACCAAAAUUAAUUACAGAUUGUUGUUGUAUCGUGAUGCUGUCAUAACAAAUAUGAAAUCAACACAGUUUAAUAACACCUGUAAUUGGUAUGGUUUCUGGCACAAGGUGGCCUAGAUUGGUACUUGUAAUGACUUUCCUCCAGCUGGUAUAAUAUAGUGGAAUUUACAGUUUAGAGAAAAUUAUGUAAUUAUAUUCCAAGUCUGUGUUUUUAUGUGGAAGUGAAAUAUUUGUUAAUAUAUGUAUUCAGGUAUAUUCUGUAACUUUAGAUUUAAAUAAGUGAUAAGUAGUUGUAUUAUUCAAAUAAGCAAUAAACAAAAAGAUGUAUAUAUUUACAAAAUAUUUAUUAAAAUAAUUAAUAUACUUAAAAAUA